CUGGGAAUGGCGACACAGCCAAUGAGAAGAAGAACAUAACAUUGGGGAGAGAGAGAAACCCGACUGGAGUGUUGGUGGGAGGGAUUAUUCCUAGUACAUCCAUCGCUUUUCAAAAUCUACAUUUUCAGUUAGGUUAAGCAGUAGAUUCAGGCUCACUCUCAUCAUAGUCUAUCCAAGAGCGCACGGACGGGCACGGGAGCGCACAGCAUCCCAACCGUCGCUCGUACCACCUGAUGAGAAAUAUCUUAGUUCCCAUCCUGAAUCUGCCAGUUCGGUUGCGCAAACGCUGCGGAGGACCUUCGGAAAUCGAGGUUGAGUUCGUUGGUUUUCUAUUCUUUAAACACCUGACUAAGUUUGACCAUUUGGAGAAAAAAUCGGAUAUCAUUCCAACACCAAUCCAGUUGGAAUGAAAGUUAUGGCACUAUCAAUGCUGCGCAGCGGUUUGCUUUUUCUGUGUCUGACAACUAUCCAUACUUGCCAUGGUGGCGGACAGAACUGCAUGGAUAAACACCAGGUGGUUGGUGUUCUCCGUCAGAUGGAGAAGUUUCUGAAGGGACAGGAGAUGAGAUUCACAGAGGGACUACGCAUCAUGAAGUCAAAACUGGCAACCCUACAGAACUCUGUCUCCAAGCUGCCUCAGGCCGAUCAGUCGGCUGCCCCCUCUGUAUGCCCCUCCCUGGAAGCCCCUGUCCACGGGACAAAGUUUGGCUCUAAGUAUUUCAUCAGUCAUGAAGUCCAUUUCACCUGUUCCCAUGGUUACCAUCUGGUGGGCCCCGGGACACGUGUGUGUCAAGAGAACGGGAGUUGGAGUGGUGUCAACACCAUCUGUAAAGAUGUGAGUGAGUGCUCCAGUAACCCAUGCCAGAACGGAGGGACCUGUGUAGAGGGAGUCAACCAAUAUAAGUGCACCUGUCCACAGAGCUGGAGCGGAUCCAGCUGUCAGCACCAGACACAGACAGUGGUGCACAGGCCCUCUCCGGGCCGCCGGGCGAAGUUUAAGCUCCUCCCUCUCCCUCUGUCGCGUUCAGCGCCACCUGAGUGGAGCGUCAUGAACGACCCUGCGUUUAGCCGACGACCCCGCUGUGCCAAGGUGGACAGAGCCCAACACUGCAGCUGCGACGCUGGCUUUCACAUGAGUGGCACCUCGGACAACAGCAUCUGCCAGGAUGUGAACGAGUGUGAGGUGUACCGGCUGGACCAGGGGGGCAAGCUGUGUGUGUAUGAGUGUGUCAACGUCCCAGGCUCAUACCAAUGCUCCUGUCCCAGAGGCUACAAGCUGCUGCCUGAUGGAAGGAGCUGUGAGGAUGUGGAUGAGUGUCUGACCCAACAGCACAACUGCAGUAGAGGAACAACAUGUAUCAACACUGGAGGAGGGUUCCAGUGUGUGAGCCCGGAGUGUCCCCGAUCACACGGCAACAUCAGCUACGUCAAGACGUCUCCCUUUCAGUGUGAGAGAAACCCCUGCCCUAUGGAGAGUCGUUCCUGUCACCUGGCUCCUAAGACGGUCUCCUUCCACUACCUCUCCCUCCCCUCCAACCUCCAGACCCCGGCUACCCUGUUCCGCAUGGCGACUGCUGCCGCCCCUGGCCGCCCCGGCCCCGACAGCCUGCGAUUCGGCAUCGUCGGAGGCAACAGCCGCGGGAUGUUCGUGAUGCAAAGGUCGGACCGCCAGACGGGUGAACUGAUCCUGGUUCAGGGGUUACGAGGACCGCAGGAUAUCAGUGUUGAUGUGGAUAUGUCCGAGUAUAGUGAGCGCACCUUCCAGGCUAAGCAUGUGGCGAAGGUGCAUGUUCUUGUGUCGGCGUAUGACUUCUGAGGAGGAUGGACAGAGGAGCGAGUGAGAGGGACAGAAGGAAGGAGGAGAGAAAAAAUGCAAUGGACAGAGGGAUGAGGAAGUGAGAAGGACAGAGGGAGAAGGAGAAGUUAACAGAAAAUGAGAGGGACAGACACAGAAUGAAUUGGACUGACAUUGACUAUAAAGUAUAUUCGUGAGGAUGUAGCUGAAAUGAAUGAAUGGUUGAGUGAGUGAGUUCAUGAAUGUGAGAGAGUAAACAUUUGUGAAACAAACUGACAAAGUGGUAAUGGAAUGGUAAUAUUAUUUUUCUUUCAUUCGCUCAGGAGUUGGCCCCUGGGGUUGCCAUAGUGACCGGAGGCGGCGCUCAUGUAUGUGGAAUGCCAUUGGCUAGAUCUGUUUAAAGGCCCACUCCUUCAUUUACUCCACUUAGUUUUCAUUUAAAGCUGAUGAUCAAAAACGGCUGUAAAUAUCACAGAGUAGUCCUUUAAGAGACAUGAACCCAUGUCUGCGUCCAAAGUGGCACCCUAUUCCAUAUUAAGUGCACAACUUAUUUGUACACUAUGUAGGGAAUGGGGUGCCAUUUGGGAUGCACACCCUGUAUAACAUGGCUCUGAUUUAUCUGAAUAUUUUGUUGCUGUUGUUUAUUGUUACAUACUCAGUGAUUCAAUGCAGUGUGCUUUUACAAUUUGUGUCAUUUACACCUGUUUUUUACUGACUUGCUUCGUGAUUAUAAGACCUAAACACUUAGAACAACUAAGAGUGUUUUUUCCCCCAUUAUUAUUAUUAUUUUUUUUACAAUAGAAACCGUAAUAUUGUACUUGGACAUAUUUCCACUAUGCUCAUAUUCAGUAUGUAAUUAAGAUAUGAUGUAAUUAAUACAUGGUAACUACAGUGAUUUGGCAGCCCUGCCAAUGCAGUGUACAAUAUAUCAGCCAUCUAAUGUUUUAAUAAGUCAUUAUUAUUGCACAUAACUAUUUCUCCAUACAUGAAAUAAAGACAGUCCUACAAUA